UCCACCCAGCAGCCGCCAGGCCUUCUUCUUCUUCUUCAGUCUCAGUCAGAAAGAAAAGAUCUUACCAAUAAUUGGCUAGAUAAAGGGGAUCCAGAGAUGAUGCAUGCAGGAGGUGCAGGAGGCAACAGGGAUGAUGGUUCAUCUGAUCCUUGGAAGAGGAAGGGUGACAAGAAGAAGAAGAAAGAUGAUAAGCCCAAGGAAAGGAAGAGAGGAUUUGGGGUUGCAAAGCUAGAGAUAAUAAGGAUUCAAAGUGAACUAGCCGAGCAAAAAAGAAAGAACGAACUAGCCGAGCAGGAAAAAAGGCAAAACGCUCAGCAGGGGCCACCUCAGAUCCCAGAUGGAACUACCGAUGGCUUGGACAUAGCUGCAAUAAGGGGAUCAGUCUAUCCAUGGUCUAUGCAUGCCAACGUUGCCCCUUCACUGCCACCGCCUGCACACUACUCACCACAUCUCGCGAUGCAUUAUGGCAGUGAAGGGAUGGGUGCCAUGAACUUUGGGCAGUCUCAGUCUACCCCCUUGAGGUUUCCUGGAGCCUCUGGGCCAUAUCCCGCUCCAAACAACAUCAGGCAUGUAUCAUAUGAUUAA